CGAGCGCAAGCAACAAGCGCAGCACAGAGAUGACAGGAUCCCGCAACUCGCGCCGUGGGGUCCGGCAAGGAAGAGCUCGGGUUCAUCGAAACCACUUCAAGGAAGAGCUUCGACCAUCAGGGUGGCAAUCAAGUAGUUGCCGCGCCUUUGACGAUCACUGUCGACGAGUCGGCUACUUCAUCGGAGACGAGAAAAGUGCAGCGAAUAACGAUGAAGCUUCAUUCGAUGAUGACCAACUCGAUGAGAUCGCAACAUUGAGGCUGCGCGAUCUUAGUGAUGUGUCGUCCAUGCCCACUGUGGCUGACGUCGUGGCAGCUCCGGUGGACGAUGCUGCGUCAUGUAGCGAGUGGUCGGUUGUCACGUCCACCGAAUCAUCCUGGGUCCUCGGCUGGGAACUGGAUGAGUCGGUCCAUGAGCCUUGGCCAGACUGCACGGCGAGCGACGGUAUGAUCGCGAUGAUGCUCCAGCAAGAGCAGCGCGAGGAGCUGGUCCCAAACGUCGCUGCUCCGGGGGUGUGAUGACCUUCCAAAUGAGCAGCAGCAGCAGGCGGUGAUCGCUGCGCUUGCCAGCCAAGACGAGCGUGGGCGUGGCAGAACGGCUCGGCGUGUGUGUCGUAUGUUCCGAGAGCAUGGCGACACAAUGAUGGAGCCCUGCGGACACCUUGCACUCUGCGUCGCUUGCAACAAGAACGGAAACCGCAAUCGCGGCGAUGCCACCUGCGUCCUUUGCCGCACGCCCGGUCGCGCCCUGCACUUCCCCAGCAGCAGAUGGUCGGAUGCGUCGCGAGUGAGCGAACCGUUCUUUUUUGGCGUGCUUGCCUGUGUUGGUGCGUGGGUGACGGGCGUCUGCUUUGGUGUUGUCUGUUUUGAUCUCUGAGAAGGCGUUCAAUCUGUGUGCGUGCUGUGUCUCGCGAGACGUGCAGACGGCACGUUUCGAGGUGAAUAUGUGGUGCUGUGAUGCAAAAAACGAGAUAAUAUCGACCC